CGCGUUCACGGCACCUCCAGGCUCCUGGACGCAUGGUAAUUAUCCAUUUAAUUCAAUAUGACAUCAUGCAUUUCGUAUCUGCGGGCCUUCACAUUGAUUUGAAGUAUUUGCUUGGUGCAAAUAGUCGUGUUUAACCCAAACAUCUACAGUUAACCUGCAGUAAUCAAUCCCUCCUGUUCUCAGUUUGGUUUCGCGUGGACGUAUAUGUGUUUUAUAAGCACUCCUUACCGCAGCUGAUGCGCUAAAACAUCAUCUGUACGGUUAUAUUUUGGCUGGAAUUCCAACAGUUUCCAGCAUCCAGUGUGCCACGACGUGUUCAUGGCACUUCUGGGCUCCUGAACGCAAUGUACCAACCCAUUUAACUCAACUUGAGAUCAUUCAUUUCUUUGUGUGUGAGCCUUUAGGUUGAUUAGAAGUGUUUGUUUCGGUUUCAAUAAUCAUGCUCGACCACAUUAUCUGCAUCUAACCGUUAAAUAGGCAGCUCAGACCUGCGCAUAACCACUUCUAAUGCGUUAAAAUGACACCUAUAUGGUCACAUUUUGGCUGAAGCUCAACAUUAUUCAACGUACAGUGCGCCAUGACGCGUUCACGGCACCUCUAGGCUGCAGGACCGAUUGUAAUAAUCCAUUUAAUUCAUAAUGAGAGGGUGUGUUCAGUGUCAGGGGGGCAUUAGGUUGAAUCUAAAUGUUUGUUGGGUGCAAACACUCAGGUCAAACCUAAUUAUCAGCAGUAUUCAGUCCUGUCAGUUCUCAGAUUGGCACGCAAUCACAACUUAUCCGCUAAAAUAACACCGAAAUAUUCAUAUUCUGUCUGAAAUUCAACAUCCAGUGCACCAUGACGCGUUCAUUGCCCUUCUAGGCUGCUAUACACAUGACAAUUGCCCAUUUAAUUCAAGUUUAGAUCAUUAUUUUCUUUAUUUGAGGGGUCUUGAGUUUGAUUAAAUUAUCUGUUGCGUGUAAAUACUCUCAAAUUAUCAGCAUCUACUCUGCAGGAUGGACUCCUCUCAGUCUGCAGUAUCGUUAAAUAGGCUGUUAAUGUGGAUAAUCUGUUGGUACACACCCCUGCUAACCAUAGGAUUAAAUGCUCAGGCCUGUAAAAAGACCCCAAGUGGCAUUUUGGAUCAUAAAAUUACACCGAACACUGAAGCUUGGGUUGUUUUUUUGUUUUUUGUUUUUUGUUUUUUUUUUUUUGGCUCUUAAACGCAUCUGCAGCUCAGACCAGCACCUGGUUUGACUGUGGCCUCGUGUAACCUGAACGCAGCAGCUGUUCUAAUUCAACAUUAUUCAACAUACAGUGACAGCACGCAUGAUAAUAAUUGGUUUAUUUCGACGUGCGAUGAUGCGUUCACAGGCUGAUUGGAAGUAUUUGUUUGGUGCAACAAAUGCUCCCGCAGUGUUCAACCCUCCAACAUUUCUCGGUUAUUUCUCCUCCUAGUGUGCAGAUGUAUGGGGCUGUUUUCCUGAAAUCAGACACAAGGAUCUCUUUGAUAGCGGAUCAUAACUUGAUAUUUGCGGACAAAACGGUGCAGGCCCGUCAGAAGAGCGUUUUGCAGCCAACAAAGGCCGCCCUGAUCGGGGAUGAAAUGAGUUCAGCUGGAGAAAGCGGCGGCGGCGCAGCUCCGUGUCGUGAGUUUGUCGCUAGAUGGCAGGAGGAGCCCAGUUUGCGGGGGAUUAGCGGGGUCGUGCAGCCUCCUGCAGCAGCACUGGGAAUAAAACAUCCAGAGCAAACCAUGAGAUGGCAUUCAAAGGCGCAGCGGUGGACUCGAAGACUGUGCUCUUCAACCUGCUGCUGUGUCUGCUCAUAUUCUAUUCUCUUUUCUACAUGAUCGCCAGCGUUUGCUUCGGUGCGUUCAGGCUGGAGAACUUUGACGGACUGAUUCCGUUCGACUUCAAGACCGAACCUGCAGAAUCCAACUCCAAAUACUUGGUGAACCUCCUGUCCUUGGAGCUCACCUACUUUUGCAGCGGCCUUUUGUUCGCCGCUGUGGUGAGGAGGCGGGUUUGGGACUACGCCCUCACCGUCACACUCCUGCAUGUAAUCAUCACCAGCCUCGUGAUGUUGGAGUUUCCCGUGGUGUGGCAGUGGUGGCUGGCUUUAGGCAGCGGCUUGUUUCUGAUGAUUUGCAACGGUCAGCUGAUCGCCUACUUCACGUGUCAGAGCGAGCAGAGCUACGCCUCCUUCAGCAUCUACUGAUGGACAAACCGCUUCAUAAACAGCCUUGUGAAGUGAGGAGGAAAGGAUCGGACCAGAUGCUCUCCUCCCCGAGAUGUGCAUUAAGGUCCUCCACAGCGAUGGGCUCUUUGUUCGCCUCUAAAACAAGACGUAAGGUCCAACCAGUGUUUAAAGGUGGCCAAUGCACUGCUGUUUUCAUUUAAUUCCAUGCUGUAUUCUGCUUGCACAGUGACUCUAUGCAGCAUUGGCGAAGUAUUUACAGUACCUUCGUAAGCUGUGAAUGUAAUAGAAAAAAGGGAUUUUUGCAAUAUUGUUGUAUAUUUGGAAAUGUAAAGUGUUAAAAAACAAAACUGCUCCAGAUUUAAGUUUUAUUGUUCUAUUAAAACAGUGAGGAUUCAUGAAAUAGUGACCAGCCUAUUCCAUAUUAUAAACUCGCGAUGCUAAAAACAAGCUAAAAAUAUCGUUUAACAAGCGAUGAAUCAUGCAGCAGAGCAAGAAUCUUUUGCUCAAGUGCUUAAAAAUAGAUUUCCAUUAAAUAAUUUAUGACAUAUAAAAUAAAUAUUUGAAGAAACACACUCCCAGCUGUUAUGAAACUGGAUCUCUGGCUACGAACUCCGCCGGGUUCAUGAAGGAGAAUCCAGGGAAGGCCUCGCUGGCUCCGACCGCCUGGUACCGCUCGUCCACGGAGGCUGGUACUGGUAGUAUCGUGAACUCUGGGUCGAUGUAGCUCACAUCACAAGGACCAGACUGCAGGGAAAACAAGCACAAACUCAGGUGAACUGUGUCUGGAUUUAAAAAAAAAACACUUCUCUGGUUUCAUUUCCUACCAGUUUCGGGAUGAACGGAGGUUUAACUUUCUUUGCCAGGAGGUCGUCCCAGUUGGUGGAGGCAAAGAAAGGAUGUUCCUGCAGCUCCGCCUGGAAGCACAGCAACAUUAACUCUGGUGUUUAUGUGUUUUAAUCGCUCUUUCUGUCUUUUUUUGGAGGCACUUACGACGUCACGACUCUGCCCUAAGCGUUUGGAGACGUCUCUCUCCAACAAUCCCUCCAACAGAGCGCCGGCAGCUCCGGAAAUCCUGCUGUGGAGCUGCAGAGGAGCAUGGAGGAUGUUCUCAAACAUCUCCGCUUUGCUUCGGCUGUAAAACGGAGGCUGAGGAGGAGAGAAUGGGAUCAUCUCGUACAGCACCAUGCCGAGGCUCCACCAGUCCACCGUCGGGCUGUACGGUUGGCCCUGCAGAACCUCAGGAGCCAGAUACUCUGGAGUCCCACAGAAGGUGUGCAUGAUCCCACCGACCGCCACUCCUUCCUUACACAGACCGAAGUCAGUCAGCAUCACGUGGCCUUCGUGGUCCAGCAGGAUGUUCUCCGGCUUCAGGUCUCUGCACAGAAACACAGCUUCAGCCUACUGAGUCCAGAUGUAGACUUCAGGUAGAAGUCUGACAUUAUCUCAGUAGUUGGUGAGAUUUUUUUAAAGGGAAGUGCAUCUGCAUCAGAACUGAAAAAUAACUUUAACCCUUUAACCCUUGUGUCGUCCUGCAGGCCAAAAUUGACCCGUUUUAAAGUUUGAAAAUGUGGAAAAAAAUAUAUUUUCACAGUGAAACUUCUGAUGUCCACAUUUUCAACAUUUUUGGGAAAUCUUUGAACAUUUUUUGGUGGAAAAAAGAAAUGUUAAAAAUGUUUCUUAAGAACAUUCACAAAAAAAUCAACCAAAAUCCAGCGAAUUUCGCUGGAUUUUGGUUAAUAAAUAUAAAAAUAUUAAAAGUUUUACUGAUAUAUAUGGAAUCACUUUAGAUAUUUUUAGGAUUUUUUUGGAAGAUUUUUACUCAAUUUUUGAAAAUAUUUACAAGAAUUUUAUUGCCAAAUUUGGGGAAUUUUUUAAAAAUAAAACUUCCAAGGGAAACUUUUAAGGAAUUAUUUGAAUUUUCUUCCUGAGGGUUUUGCAAAUUUUCAGAAAUUUGGAGAAUUUUUUUGCUGAAGUUUUGGAUUUUUUUUUCAGACAAGGAAACAAUAUUUUUUGGUGCCCGUAAAUGAGGACAACAGGAGGGUUAAAAAAAAAAAACUAUCCAAGAACCCUUAAAUCAGACUAAAUGAUGUUGUAUCGGAUAGACUUCUCUUGUAGAUUAUUCAUGGAAAAUUAGAGCUCAAUUUUCCAUUUUGUAUGGAGCAGCAAAAAGUAGCGGAUCUGUUUAACUUAGUUUGCUUUAAUUCACAUUAGAUUUCCUACCAUACAUGCAUAUUUUGCAGUGUCGAAGCUCAAAUUAUACAUUGUGCAGCCCUGUUUAUAUUUCAGGGACACAGUUGCUGCAUCCUGGGCUGAACACCGCCUCAGAUGAUAGCAAAAAAAGCCCAACCAUUUCUCCACUAUAGCAGAAUGUUAACUAGGGUGCAGUCAGAGCGUUCUCCAGCACUGUGAAGAUUCCUGCAAAACUCUUAAAGUAACUGCCCUGUGUGUGUUUCGUGGGAGUUUGUUUCGGUUUCCUCUGGUUCCACGUCUUUAUUUUUUAAUGCGAUGUUGGAGGAGACGGCGGAUGUCAGUGGAAACAUUUCAUCGGGAUCUCUCUGCGUGAAUGAAUUAAACAUGUGGAACACUUUAAAUCAAACAUGGACAAAGAAAGUGAGUGAGCGGUGAAGAACCCAGCGGAGUGGCCGUGCAGCGAGCUGUUUAAAUCAGUGUACGUGGGCGUAUGAGCACCUGUAGACGAUGUUCAGAGCGUGGAGGUAACCCAGAGCUGCAGCCAUCUCUGCAGCGUAGAAAGCAGCUCGAGCUUCUGGAAACCAAAUUUCCCUCUGCAGGUGGUAGAAGAGCUGAAGGAGAAGAGGCAAAGGGUCACAUACGGAUUCUGUUCAUGGAUAUUUGUAUUUAAAUAUCACAUAAUCCACACACCUCGCCUCCGUUGACGUAGUCCAGGACGAAGUAAAGCGUGUUCUGUGUCUGGAAAGAGAAGUGGAGUCCAACCAGGAAUGGAUGCUGAAGACCUUUUAGUAGGACGCUUCUCUCCACCAUCACAUGCUUCUGCUGCACAAACACAACAGAAGCAGUCAGAACAUACAUAGACUGUAAUAAUUGCACUGUUUUAGCUGUAAUUAUUUGAGCAAUUUAUGCUUAUUCUACAGAUUUAGCAGUAAAAUCAUGGAAAAAAAGGUAUUUAUUUACAUGUUUAUAUUAAAAAAAUCAGGCCAAAUUGCAACAUUUGAGUGAAAAAUGACGCUUUUAUUGAAUUUAAAUCAGCAAAUAAUGUCAUUAUUUUACAGAUAUCUACUGUUAUUUGGAUUGAAAAAUUUCUCAUAUUUUUUUAAACAAUUCUUAUCUAUUUUAAACUAUUAUAACAUAUUUUUCCAACUUUAUUAAAUUGUAGGUAACUAGAAAAAUCAUUGCAAAAAAGUAUUAAUUUGCAUGUGAACUAACCAAAAUUUUAAAUAAUGUCAAAAUCAAAACCCUAUAUAUUUUUUUGGUUUAUAUUGUUUUACUUUAUUUAAAUCCACUAAAAUAUCUACAGUAACUACUAUUUAUAAAUCCUUGCUGUUGUUUUCACUGCUUUUUUUCUUCUUUAAACAGUUACAGAACAUUACAGUAUUGAUUUCUAUGUUAACCAUACAUUUUUUAAAAAGGAGCUAAAUUUAAAUCAAUAAAACCUAUUUUUAUUCUAGAGAUAUUUGGUAUUAUGAGGGGGAAAAAAGUAUUUUAAGGAUUGAUACAUUAUUUAAAAAUGUUACUGUUAUUUUACAGAUUUAAAAUUACAGAUAAUAACUAGUGAAAUAAUAAUAAUAUUAAUAAAAAUGGGUCCAAGUCUGUAUUUUUUGAAAUAGGUAUUUGCCCUUUUUUCAGAGUGUAACCAUAAAAUUACCCUAUUUUACAGUAAUACUCUAAAAAUAUUGUUGUUUUACAAAUAUUUGCUGUUAUUUUCAGUGUAUUUACAUUGUUUUAAGAUUGUUUUUUGACAGAACCAACCUCUUUCCUCUUGACGAUCAUCUUUUUCUUCAGCACUUUCACGGCGUAGUAACCUCCUUGUUUCCUGUGUUUUGCCAGCAGCACCUGGAAAAGUUGGAGUUUUUACAUUUAACUUUAACCACACCAACAAACACAACAACUCACAACAAUCAACAAUAAAAUCACCUCACCUUUCCAAAGCUUCCUGUGCCGAUAACUUUGAGGUAGUCAAAGUCUGAUGGUUUCAUCCUGUUAACACAAUGAAAGCACAUUUUCAAACAAAAAAGUGCUGGACAACUUUUUAACAAAGGAAAUAAGAAACUAGACAAUCAGACUAUCAAAGGAAAUCAAUGCAAAAUGCUAAACUUUAAACAGCAACUUUGCUGUUAAUGACAGAAAAGGUAAAUAUAUAUAUAUGAAGGACUGAAAAAUGGUAAAUAAUUUUGCUUUUUUUAAUUACAAUCUUGUUUUACCCUUGGAGUUGAAGUCAUUUUGGUCAAGUUUUGAGUUAUCUUUAGUCAUUUUACUCGACUUGAAGUCAUUUUGAAAAGAUUUUAAGCUGCUUUAGACAGAUUUGAAAUCAUAUUUGGAAAAAUUCUAAGUAGUUUUGGACAAGUUUAAUCAUUUUAGCCACAUUUUAGGUUGUUUUAGACAAUUUUAUGUUAUUCUGGCUGCAACUCAAGUUGUUGGGGCAGAUUUUCAAGUUGAAACUGAGACUUCUUACUAUGACCAUUAUUAAGCUGUGCUUGAAGCUGUUGACUCUCAGAAACUUGUUUUCUGAUUCUGUUGUAGCUUUGGGUCUUCCAGACCUUUUCCUGUCAGAAUUUCCUCCAGUUUCUGAGCCUUUUAAUGGUGAAGAAAACUACUCACUGACACCUUGACUUUCUUCAAUUUCUCUGUAGGAAAGACCUACAUGUUUAAGUGUUAUGAUGGUCUGUCUCUCUUCUGUUGUUAAUUGCCUUUUCCUCACCAUUUUUAUAGCAACAUACUACUUUCUGCAGUACAAUACUGUUCUAAUAAUGCUCUGGAGGGUUCCAAAGUGUGUUCCAACACUACUUAAAUGCAGACAGAGGGGGUUGGAAGUAAUCAAGAAAGGUUGGGACACCAGUAGGAUUUGGUAGAACCUACUUUCAACCUCCAUUGCUGUAGAACAGCUUUAAGUUGUUAACCCAUUUCUCGUUCCCUUCAUUGUAUAAUUCUGAAAUGUACAUUAUUUUUCAGUUUUGGGGAAGCUUACCUUUUUUUUAACCUCUGGCAGUUCACCAUUUACCUUUGUACCAUUUCCAGCAAAUCACUGGACUUGAACUGCUUGAAUUUCAAGAAAAAAACUGGAAAAAUUGGGCAAACUUUUGAGCAGUAGUGUGCUUCUUUGGGUGGAAGUGACUUACUGUGAUGUCUCUGUGUUCGCUGAGCUCUGAGGAAAGAGAAGAUGGUCAGGAGGUCAGAUCGAGUUUCAUCUCCUGUCAGCACUCAGCACAGACUUUUUUUAAAAUAAAAAAUCUCACCAGAGA